AUGUGGGAGUGGGUCAGAAGAGUUGUGUUGCACUCGUUGUGCACAUCCCUCCUGCGCCUCUGGAAGUGGGCAGGGGCUUUCUGGUACAAAAAUGGCCUCUUGACUCUCUCCAUGCUCUCGGUUGUCACUGGAUGCCUCCUGGGUUUCCUGCUGCGGACACUGGAGCUGACAGACCUGGAGAAGCAGUAUUUUUCCUUUCCUGGAGAGCUCCUCAUGAGGAUGCUGAAGAUGCUGAUCCUGCCCUUGAUCACCUCCAGCCUCAUGUCUGGGCUGGCCACCAUGGACUCCAGGGCCUGCGGGAAGAUGGGGGUGAUCACCAUCACCUACUACCUUUGGACAACCUUCAUGGCAGUGACCGUGGGGAUCAUCCUCGUGGUCAGCAUCCAUCCUGGUGCAGCUGCCCAGAAGGACAACUAUUCUGUGGGGAAAGUGGUGCUCAGCUCUGCCGACGCAUUACUGGAUUUAAUCAGAAACAUGUUUCCUUCUAACCUGGUUGAAGCUUCGUUCCAGCAGUAUCGAACUGUUCUUGUCCCAGUGGUGAAGUCUCCUGGUUUUCCAAAGAUCCCAGGAAAACCUGUCAAUUUUAUUUACUUUGCACCUGAUGACAAAAACCCUGAAAUCCAUCGGCCUGUGUUCCUUGAGCUGACACCAUCACCCGAAAUGACCUACAGGACCCUGGCUGGGACCAGCAACGAGAUGAAUGUCCUGGGGAUUGUCAUCUUCUCAGCAACCAUAGGACUUCUCCUGGGAAAAAUGGGCGAGCGAGGAGCCCCACUGGUUAACGUGUGCCAGUGUCUGAACGAAGCAGUUAUGAAAAUUGUCUCAAUGGCUGUUUGGUACUUCCCCUUUGGCAUUGUAUUUCUCAUAGCUGGAAAGAUCUUGGAGAUGGAAGAUCCAUCAGUUAUAGGACAGAAGCUGGGACUGUAUGUCCUUACAGUAGUGUCAGGGCUUGUCUUGCAUGGAAUCAUCCUUUUACCUCUGCUUUUUGUGCUCAUCACCAAGAAAAACCCCUUUGCCUUUAUUCAGGGGAUACUGCAAGCCUUGCUGAUCGCCUUAGCUACAUCCUCCAGCUCAGCCACCCUGCCCAUCACCCUCAAGUGUCUCCUGGAGAACAAUGGCAUCGACAGACGUGUGGCACGGUUCGUGCUCCCUGUCGGGGCCACCAUCAACAUGGACGGCACUGCGCUCUACGAGGCAGUCGCUGCCAUCUUCAUUGCCCAGGUCAACGAGUAUGAACUGGAUUUGGGACAAAUUAUAACUAUAAGCAUCACGGCCUCAGCAGCCAGCAUUGGGGCCGCUGGCAUCCCGCAGUCCGGGCUCGUCACCAUGGUCAUUGUGCUCACCUCCGUGGGACUGCCCACCGAGGACAUCACCCUCAUCAUUGCCGUCGACUGGGCUCUGGACCGACUACGAACCAUGACCAACGUCCUUGGUGACGCCCUGGCUGCUGGCAUCAUAGCACACAUCUGUGAGAAGGACUUUGCCCCAAAGCCACCCCCACAAGACCCAGUGAGCAACAAAGACAAGUUUCCUUCUGCAGAGACCUCACAGCUGCAUCCCAAAGUCAAUGGGAUUGAAAUGACUGAAGAAACCCUGUUGGAUCAGACAGGAAUUCACUAUAACAUCUGCCAGGUGUAGAUAACAGCAUUCCUGCUCCCAGGAAUGGCAUCUUGGUGCUAAACACUGACGUUAAGUGUCGCAUAAGGAUGCUCUGCAAGAUAAAGGCCUUACUUGGCACAAAAAAUGGGAAAAUUCUCUCAUCCUUUGAAGACUGUGGGACUCCCAGCAGGCACCCAAAGAAUAUGGCCCUGCUGCUGGGGCAGGGAGCCAGCUCCUCCCUGUGCCUGAGGACACAGCUGGGAGCUCACUCCCUGUCUUAAAUGGCUGGCUUUGAAGGAUUUAUAGCUCCCAGUUUUCCAAGCUCACCUAUUUUUGAAAGCUAGGGAGGUGAGCAGGUGUUAGCAGACUGGAUUUGGUGAGAAUGCAGUAGGGCUGGGACAUAACACUGAGCCCUCUGGCCAGCAGCUCUUCCCAUCCCAGGCUGUGCUCCAGAAGCUUUUGUUUUCCUUAUUAUAGAGAUUAUUUUUUUAAUCAUUGCUUUUUAUUUUACUACUGGUUCCAUCUAAAAACCAAGAUUAAGUGAAUUUUUGUCUAGAGCACAAAAUCCAAGUUGGACAUAACUGGAUUUCCCAGCUGUCAGGUUAUAGACAGGAUGGCUGAGCUGUUGCACUCUCUCAGGGACAGCGGGAUCCACUGGUUGGAAAGAAGGAAGGACCAGCUGUACACCUGUUCCUAGAGCUGCUUUAUUACAGAGAACUAAUUAACCAGGUCCAAUUGCAACUGCGUUGAUUUUCCCGGUUAAGGAUCUGUCCCCAAGCUCACAUUCCAAUUCCAGCCUUAAAAUCCAGGCUUCCCAGAGCAGCCUUUGACACAAAAGCCUUUUAUACCAACAAUUUACGUCACUGAAUUAAUUUGUCUCUCAAAAUGUCAUCUCAUCUCUUUUCUCCUUGAUAUUUCCUGCCACAGAAUUAGGAAUCAUAACAGAGCUCAGACCACAUUCACAUCACUGAACUGUUCUCCAAUUGCACAUAAAGAAAACAUUUUCUGUGCAGAAUUCUUUCAAGCUGAAGUCAGAAGUUGGAAAAAUUUCCCAAUUUAGAAAUACUCAUUCCAGUUUUGCUAAAUGAAAAGAAACUAUUAAAUAUCAUAAACCAGCUUUUGCACCCAAAUUGUCUUCUAUUAACUUACAAAAGCCUCCACAUAAUUAGAAUCCUGGGCAACAUAAGCUUGAGACACUGCUGCUAAGUUUGGCCUUUUUCAUCCUUUCUCCUUGGUGAGGUUAAUUAUUAUCUUCUUAA